AUGUCAAUUAAAGGAGAAAGACUUACCAUAUGGAACAAAAUUUUCGGAAGAAAUAUAGGAGAGUUCCUAGCAAAUGUUGUAAGAGUGAUUCUCGCAGGCAUAUGUCUUGAUCUAAGCGCCAUGGAUGCUACAAAAUCCACAGAUCCACUACAAAAAGCAAUGGAUACAAUGAUGGUAAUUUCUAGUGGCUUGCAGAUACUAGCUAUCGCUACAGGUUUGCUUUUGUCAGUCGGUUUCUUCGCUGAAGAGUCAGUUGCGAUUGCUGCUACAGUUGCUUCAUGCCUUGGAGCAGCAGCAGCUGUCUUCGCGGUCGUCGGCUUGGUCAUCAUGAUCGUUAUGUUUGCACUGCAUAGGAAUCCCCCAAUCCCGUGGAUAAGUUUAUCGACACCUACGCGUCUCCAGCAGGGCUCAAGAUGCCUUACAAGCCAGAAAUCGACUAUCUCGAUCAAGUCCCUGCCGAUAAAAACACAAUAUCCUUGGGCGGCCAAUUCGAACGGGACUUACGGGAUCCAAACAUGUGCGACUGUCACACAGCUUCCUGGCACUUGUUGGUCGGUCAAAACGGACUCUACUGGGAUUACGAGGGUAUUCACUUCCGUCUUGACUGCGACGGAGUUACUAGAAUACGUAUACCUCGCUGUCCUUGACGACGGAUCUGUGGGAUUUGCUCCACCAGCAGCAAAAUAUACAAUCGAUAGUAAUGGGAAAGAGGUACCAGUUGACCCUGCUGCCUAUGAAGCACAACUAAAACAGCAGCAAUGGCAGGUUGUCUGCCAGGCAGAAGGAAGCGUAACAACCCGAACAUUCAAUGGCCAAAGCGAAAGCUACGCUCUUUCCGCCUCCUUUGGCAUCCAGAAUUACCUAAGUACUUUGAAUAUUUCAUUAUAUAGUUAA